CUCUGGCGAGAAGGUUAGUUCCUGCUCUCCCCUGGCCGUUUCCUGUAAUCGUACAGUGUUGUGAGACGGAGAAAGCCAUGUGUGUCGAUGCAAAGCUGUUUACUUAGAAGUGGAGAAGACGUGAACAACAACACUCAAGCUUCCAUCUCGGAGUCUUUUUAACGUUGUGCCCGUCUCCCUGCGUGGAGUGGGCAAGAUGGCAGAUCCCAUUAUGGACCUCUUUGAGGACACACCCCUGUUUAACCUGGACGCCCUACCAGACGACUCCUUCACUCAGGGCUCCUCAGACCCUGUGGAGGAAGCACUCAAGCUGGCGUUGGGCCAGGUGGAUCCAACGACUGAGCCUGAGCCCACGUCCGAGCUCGCAGUCAACACAGGCCUUAGUGUUCCUGUAGCAGCUCCUGCCUCGGUUCAAGUCCCCACACAGCAGCCGGUGCCGGUAGCGAAUGCUCAGACUGUUUCCUUAGCUGCAGCUCCCACUGUGACCUCGGUCCCUGCUGACACUGUACCUCAGAUACAGGCCCAGACCACCAUACCCAUUGUCAGCAACGCCAGUGGGGCCACUAGUAGCACUGUCCUGCUGAGCUCACCUCUGACUGUUUCUAGCUCACCGGCUACCACCACCGCCACCACGCAGCAGCUCACGCAAAUAACUCACCAGCUCACCCCCCAGCAAUUAGCUGCCAUCACGCAGCAGGCUGGUGGUAAAAUUGUCAUCCUCAAAGGUCCGCAGGGUCAGGCCCAGGUGCUGCAGACUGUGUCAGGGGCCACAGGCCAGACCAGUGGAAAGGUCAUCCGUGUCUUGUCUGGCACUCCACUCAAACCUGGCAUGUCCAUACUGCAGGGGGGAACAGUCUUGAAUCAGGCGAGCCCAGGACAGACUCAACUCAAGGUGGGUGCUGCAGGGGUGCAAAGGCUGCUGCAGUCUCCCAAUGGGCCAGUCAAACAGUUGUUGCUCACUUCCAUGCCCCAGCAGGUACAGCAGACGCAAGGCCAACCUGUUCAGGUGCAGAUUCCAGCUCAAACCCAGAUAACUCAAGGCCAGGUCCAAGUCCAGCCGCAGACAACUCAGAUCCAGGUCCAGGCACAGGGCCAGGUGCAGCUCCAGCCAGCCAUGCAGGCCCAGACACAGGGUGGUGAACCAAAGCGCAUCACCCUGGUCCUUCAGCAGCCCUCCCAGACUGGCUCAGCCACACCAGGUCAAGCUGUUGCAACCCAACAGCAGGUCACACAAGUCCAGCAAGUUCAGACUGCACAAGGGGGGCAACAACAGCAGUCCCAGGUCCCAGCUAGGCUAGUGCUGGGUCAGCUCCCUGGUGGCAAACUGGUGCUUCAGGGAAGCCAGCUAGCGGCUCUGACCCAGGCUCGGGCUGCAGGCCAGGCUGGAGGGCAGCCCAAAGUCCUCACAAUUCAACUGCAGGUGCAGCAGCAGCCCAACCAACAAGGAGGAGUUAAGUACCAGCUGGUUUCAGGAACUGGUAAUACUGGCAGCCCACAGGUGUUGCAAAUCUCUCAGGGCCAAGGAGGACAGAGAGUUGCAGUACCAAUAAAAAUGCUUCUACAGCCGCAGACAAGCGUAGCCUCAUCCGCUGGUGGCACAGUGUCCGUGGUGAAGGUCCUCAACACUUCAGCUGCAGGCCCCUCUACUACUACCACCACUUCAUCCCAGGCCAUCCGCAUCACCAAGGCCCCUGGCGAGGCUGCCCCUGUGCGACGAGUGGAGAUCCUUUGCAAGCAGGAGAAAGCAAACCGUAUAGUGGCUGAAGCUAUAGCCCGAGCUAAAGCACGUGGUGAGAAGAACCUCCCCAGAGUCCUGAACCAGGACGAACUACCAGCCACACAGACCUCCCCAGAAUUGGGCGGUACCGUUACAGUGGUGUCCACUGCGAAGAAAAAAAGCAGUGGGGGAGGAAGCAAAAAGAAAAGUCCUGUAGCCGGAGGAGCAGUGCCCAAAACUGGAGGAGGGGCAGACAAAAAGGGCAAAGUGAAGCCACCAGGGGCUACCGUUGUGGUGGCUGGAGGCACAGUAAUAGCUGGGGCUGGGAACAAGAGCAAAAGCAAGACUAAGACAAACACAAUUACUCUUGUGGGAGCAAAGAAAAGAAAGAGAAACACAUCUUCUGAUCACUCUGAUGGGGAGCUGAGCCCCGCCUCACCUGCUGCACUGGACGAGGACAUGAUUAUGAAGAGGCGCUCUAACCGUGUGGUGAAGAGGAAGAAGUACACAGAAGACCUGGAUAUCAAGAUAACAGAUGAUGAGGAUGAGCAGGAAGAUGUGGAUGUUACUACCACUGCUGCAGCGGUGGCCUCCAUCAGUGGAGGGACAGCAGCGCAACUUAAACAAGAAAUUGAACUGGAUGGUGAUGGACUACCCAGCAUGCAGUUCUUUGUGGAAAACCCAAGCGAGGAAGAUGCAGCCAUCGUAGACAAAAUACUAUCGUUGAGAUUAACCAAGAAGGAAGUGACUCCAGGCCAGUAUAUCAAUGUGGAGGAAUUCUUUGUAAAAUACAAGAACUAUUCAUACUUACACUGUGAGUGGGCCAGUAUGGAGCAGCUGGAGAAAGAUAAGAGGAUCCAUCAAAAGAUCAAGAGGUUCAAGACCAAGCACGCACAGAUGAGGCACUUGUUCCAUGAGGAGGAGGAACCUUUUAACCCAGACUACGUGGAGGUGGACAGGAUCCUGGAUGUUUCCCACAGCAUAGACAAGGACAAUGGGGAGCCUGUCAUCUACUACUUAGUGAAGUGGUGCUCUCUGCCAUAUGAAGAUGCCACUUGGGAACUGAAGGAGGAUGUGGAUGAAGGAAAGGUUGAAGAAUUUGGCAAAAUCCAAAACCGACAACCUCGCCUGAAGAGAACGACACGUCCACAAGCUAGUUCAUGGAAGAAGUUGGAGGAGACCAGAGAGUACAAGAAUGGUAAUAUCCUAAGAGAGUAUCAACUGGAAGGAGUCAACUGGCUACUCUUCAACUGGUACAACAGGCAGAACUGUAUCCUGGCAGAUGAGAUGGGUCUGGGAAAGACCAUCCAGUCCAUCGCACUGCUGUCUGAGAUAUAUUCUGCCGGUAUCCAGGGCCCCUUCUUGGUCAUUGCUCCUCUGUCCACCAUAACCAACUGGGAGAGAGAGUUCUCCACAUGGACUGACAUGAAUGCCAUCGUCUACCACGGCAGCCUGGCCAGCAGACAGAUGAUCCAGCAGUAUGAGAUGUACUGCAAAGAUGGCAAGGAUCAUUUGAUCCCAGGUGCCUACAAAUUUGAUGCCCUCAUCACAACAUUUGAGAUGGUGUUGUCCGACUGCCCAGAACUGAGGGAGAUUUCCUGGCGUUGUGUGGUCAUUGAUGAGGCUCAUCGCCUCAAAAAUCGCAAUUGCAAGCUGUUGGACAGUUUGAAGAUGCUGGACCUGGAACACAAAGUGUUGUUGACCGGCACUCCCCUUCAGAACACUGUGGAAGAACUCUUCAGUCUGCUGCAUUUUCUGGAGCCAACUCAGUUCCCCUCUGAAACUGAAUUUCUCAGAGACUUUGGAGAUCUCAAAACAGAGGAACAGGUCCAAAAGUUACAGGCAAUCUUGAAACCCAUGAUGUUACGAAGGCUCAAGGAGGAUGUUGAGAAGAACCUGGCACCCAAACAGGAGACCAUCAUUGAGGUUGAGUUGACGGAUGUCCAGAAGAAGUACUACCGGGCCAUCCUGGAGAGGAACUUCAGUUUCCUCAGCUUAGGGGCAAACAGUAACAGCAAUGUCCCCAACCUGCUCAAUACUAUGAUGGAGCUCCGCAAGUGCUGCAACCACCCCUACCUCAUCAAUGGUGCAGAGGAGAAGAUCGUAGCGGAGUUACGAGAGGUGUAUGACCCCAUGGCCCCUGACUUCCAUUUGCAGGCCCUUAUUCGCUCGGCCGGCAAGCUGGUGCUACUGGACAAGCUGCUGCCUCGCCUGAAGGCUGGUGGCCACAAAGUGCUCAUCUUCUCCCAGAUGGUGCGCUGCUUAGAUAUUUUGGAGGACUACCUCAUCAACAAAAGAUACCUUUAUGAACGAAUUGAUGGCAGAGUGCGUGGGAACUUACGUCAGGCUGCCAUCGAUCGCUUCAGCAAGCCUGACUCAGACCGCUUCGUCUUCCUGCUGUGUACCCGUGCUGGUGGCCUGGGUAUCAACCUCACUGCUGCUGACACCUGUGUUAUAUUUGACUCUGACUGGAACCCUCAAAAUGACCUGCAGGCCCAAGCACGAUGCCAUCGUAUUGGCCAAUCCAAGGCGGUUAAGGUCUACCGUCUCAUCACUAGGAAUUCCUAUGAGAGGGAAAUGCUAGAUAAAGCCAGUCUGAAGCUCGGCCUGGACCGUGCUGUCCUUCAAAGCAUGAGUGGCAACAAAGAAAGCAACGUCAACGGGAUCCAGCAGUUCUCCAAGAAGGAGAUAGAGGAUCUACUAAGGAAGGGAGCCUACGCUGCCAUCAUGGAUGAGAAUGAUGAGGGCAGUCGCUUCUGUGAGGAGGAUAUCGAUCAGAUCCUUCAGCGAAGAGCCACUACCAUCACCAUCGAGAGUGAGGGCAAGGGUUCCACGUUCUCCAAAGCCAGCUUUGUGGCCUCUGAGAACCGCAAUGACAUCGCUCUUGAUGACCCUGAGUUCUGGGAGAAGUGGGCCAAAAAAGCUGACAUAGACAUGGAUUCUAUCAAUCGGAAGAACACUCUUGUGAUUGACACGCCAAGAGUCCGGAAGCAGACCCGUCAGUACUCCACCUUACGAGGAGAGGGUGGAGACCUCUCUGAUCUAGACAGUGAUGACGAGUAUCCACCUGCCAAUUCGAGACAGUCGCGUGCGUCUCGACGCGCUGACCGCCAUAGCGGAGGAGGUUAUGGACGCACAGACUGCUUCCGGGUGGAGAAACACCUGCUUGUCUAUGGUUGGGGUCGCUGGAGAGACAUCUUGUCGCAUGCCAGAUGUAAGCGGCGUCUGAGUGAGCGUGACGUGGAGACCAUCUGCCGUGUUAUCCUGGUCUUCUGUUUGCUGCACUAUCGAGGAGAUGAGAACAUCAAGAGUUUCAUCUGGGAGCUCAUUACGCCGCCAGAGAACGGCCGUGAACCCCAAACACUACUAAACCACUCAGGCCUGUCCAUCCCUGUUCCAAGAGGCAGGAAGGGUAAGAGGGUAAAGGCCCAGAGUACUUUUGAUGUUCAGAAGGUGGAGUGGAUUCGCAAGUACAACCCCGACACUCUGCUGCUUGAUGACAGCUACCGCAAACACCUCAAGCACCAGUGCAACAAGGUGUUGCUGAGGGUUCGUAUGCUCUACUACCUGAAACAGGAGGUGAUUGGUGAACAUGCAGAUUCUGUCCUGAAGGGGGCAAAUAUCAGGGAUGUUGAAAUCUGGAUGCCUGAGCUGGAGCAGCAAGAAGUGCCUGCAGGAUGGUGGGAUUCUGAAGCAGACCGCUCACUGCUUGCUGGUGUAUUCAAACAUGGUUAUGAGAUGUACACCACCAUGCGUGCUGAUCCCUGCCUCUCUUUCCUGGAGAGAGCUGGUCGUCCUGAUGACAAGGCCAUUGAUGCCGAGCAACACACUGGUGAUGCUGAGCUUGGGGACGACGCUGACUAUGAUAAAUACUCAGAAGACCCUGAGUUCAAACCCCAGAGUUCAAGACACGCCAAAGAUCUUUUCGAGGAGGCUGAUUCCAUGAAUGUUGAUGAUGAGAUCUCUGUGGAAGACAAAGCGGGGCCAGUGGUGACAGAAAGUUUUUCCAGCCAGAGUGGUGCGUGGCCCUCCAGCUCAUCGCUGACGGCACGGUUGCGGCGGCUGAUCACAGCUUACCAGCGCAGCUACAGACAAGAGCAGCUGAAGAUUGAAGCCGAGGCGAAGGGCGACCGCAGACGCAGGCGGUGUGAACAGGCCACCAAGCUGAAGGAAAUCGCUCGUCAGGAGCGACAGCAGAGGUGGACACGUAGGGAAGAAUGCGACUUCUACCGUGUGGUAUCAACGUUUGGUGUGGAGAAGAUAAAAACGGAGCCUGGUCUUCUUGAAGGAGGAGGACCGGAGCAUGACUGGACCCGUUUCCGUACCUUUGCUCGUCUGGAUAAAAAAACUGAUGAGAGCCUCAGUCGAUACUUCCGCUCCUUUGUUUCCAUGUGCCGACGGGUUUGCCACCUCAGGCCAAACCACGAUGAAGAUCCAUCAACGCUCACAACUGUGGCUCCCAUCACAGAGGAGCGCGCUUCCCGUACCCUUUACCGCAUCAGCCUCCUGCGUCGCUUGCGCGAGCGAGUCCUGCCCCAUCCUUCCCUGAUGGAGCGUCUGGCUCUGGCUCCAACCAGCUCCGAGCUGCCUGCUUGGUGGAGCAUACCAGAUCACGAUCAUCAGCUAAUGCUGGGUGCAUCGCUGCAUGGCGUCAGCCGCACUGAGCUCUCCAUCUUCCCAGACCCGCAGUUCACUUUCAGUCAGACACGCGAAGAAUUCAUCCAGAACCAGCAGGCCCCACCGCCUCCGCCACCACCGCAGGCACCGCCCAUCAUGACACUUGGCCAGCUAAAAACAGAAGAGGACCUGUCUGGACUGAAGGAGGACGGAGCUGAUGACAGUGCUCGGUUGCUUGGAGGAGAAAUCUGCGCUGACCUGCAGAGCACUCCCUUGACUCACCAUGACGGCAAAGUGCAAAGUCAGAGCUGGAGUUUCAAGAGGAGCAAGGUGAAGGGAGAAAAAAGUGUCAGGAAGGAGGGAGGGUCUGAUUCGGAUUCGGAUUCAGAUUCAGGCUCAUCAUCCUCGGACCGAUCAGGCAGCAGUGAUGAAAGUGGAGAGAGUGAGGAGGAGGUAGAUAGAGCAGCCAUGAAGGUGUGUGAUGUAGAUGAAGACAACAGUUUACUGUCCAUGACACCGUCCCAGGAUGGCAUUCCUCCUCCUGAUCCUCUUAGAGUUGACUGGCCCAAGGACCGCGUGUUGAUCAACCGCUUGGAUAAUUUGUGUACGCUGGUGCUGUCUGGUCAGUGGCCCUCAGGUCGACGUUACGUGUCUGAGGCUCAGCUCAACCCGAUAUCAGAGCUGGUGGGGGAUGAGAUGGCUUACACAAGGUUGAUCCGUAAAUCCAUCAACACGUCUGGUGCCCCCGGGGCCGAGGGAGAAGAUGGAGAGUUUACUGUAAAACUUCUCAAGGAGGAGGGCCUGAAGCUGACUUUCUCUAAGCAGGCUCUGAUGCCCAAUGGGUCAGGGGGAGAGAGCAGCAGCCGCAAGAAACGCAAGGACCAAGAGCUGUCGGACCUAGAUGGUCUGGAUCCUUUGGAACGUACUCCACGACGCAGGGAUCCACCCACGUGGCUCAAGGAGAACCCAGAUUAUGAGGUAGAAGGAGAUAUGCUGGAGCUUCUUGUGAACAGGAGCAAGAGGAAGAGGAGGAGGAGGGCAGAUAAAGCCCUGACAGGCAGUGAGAAAGUCAAACUCAUUAACAUGAGGACAGGAAAGAAGGUUGGAGCUGCUUUCUGCCCGAUGCUCCAAGACCUGAGGGAAUAUCUGGAGGAGAAUCCUGAUAAUGCUGUAGCACCUGAAUGGUCCGAAACAGUUCGGAACUCUGGAUUUCUGCCCGAGACCCUCUUCCAUCGACUGCUGACCGAGCACUCAGAGAUCCCCAAGAAAAGCCGACGCCGCCACCAUCAUCACCACCACCACCACCAUCACCACCACACUCCAGAGCCCAUCCCCGAAGACCCCAACAUAGACGGGGUAGAAGAGGAGACUCUGGUGUCAGAUGGAGCCUACAUGAUGGAUGAGGAGGACCUGGAGACCUCCCAUCACUUCCUCACCACGCCGGACUUUGACGUUAAAAUGGAAGGCGGUGACAGCCUUUCCCAAGGUGACUAUGACAGCUCGGAUCAAGAGGCGCUAUUGGACGAUGUCAUCAUAGCACAGAAGGACUCAGACUCCUCAUCAAGCUCAGAGGAUUGACUCAACCCCUCUUCCCAAACACACUGACUUAGUCCCCUUCUCAAAAUUGAAUCAUGGUAUUCCUCAUUUAUUUUUACUGUUAUGUAUCAAAUUAUGGAUGAAUGUGUUUUUGUUGUUGCUACUUUUAUUCUUUUAUUUUAUAUAGGAAUGUUUUUCACUUAAGGAGCAGGUUUGCACCCAUCAGUUUUGUUUUGUUUUCCCAUCAUCAGUUGAGACCCAUCUUUCUCUCCUCGAUCUUCCUCUCUAACCUCUGACAAAGUUGCAAAAAGCUGAGCUUUCUUAUUUGUCAACUCAUCAUUCUCCUCUUCCUCCAAACCUAUGAAUUUCCAUCACAUUCCCAGCCGUGACCAAAAGGGGACCCCUGCUGUACAGAUACUUUUCUUAUCUAAGAACCUCAAAGCGUCCUCCAGCGCUACAUGAAACUGGACAUGUAUACUCAGCAGAGCCAGAUCCCACAAUCCUCCUGACCUCGUUUGGUCGUAUCCUCUGUCCAGACGAGCCUGUGAACUAAAAGGGGAUCCAGUAUGUGGAUGUACUGUUAGUGUUUUCACUCUAUAGGAUGGGUGGGGGGAGAGGGAGGGGGAAAGUGGCAUAUUAGUUACUGAAGCAGUGGUUCGAGGAUGGGUGUAUUGUACUAUGUAGAGCUGGUCAAUUGUGUACUAUGGUGCAAAGAUGCAGCAAUGAGUUACUAUUCUUGUUUUAUGAUCUGACUAUCUGUGAUAUGAAUAACAGCAAUCUACAGUGAAAGCUA